AUGGUGUAUCUAAUAUGUUUUAUUGUCCCAGAGCUCGGCGCAGAAGUAAUCAAAAUAGAAGCACCUCGUGGCGACCCUUUCCGCGAUACACUGCUCACCUUUGAAAAGCCUCGCAAGCACUCGACCAUCUUCGAGGCAAGCAAUUUCGGGAAACUGUCGCUGGAAUUGGAUGUGAAACAAGCGAAAGAUGUUGAGAAACUGCUGAAACUUUUGGAAACGGCCGAUGUAUUGGUCACAAAUACCCGUCCGUCUGCCCUGAAACGAUUGGGGUUGGACUACGACACUAUUAAGGACAACUUUCCGCAUAUUGUGUAUGCACAAGUGUCCGCCUGGGGCUUUGAAGGGCCAGAUGCCGAACUGGCGGGCUACGACAUAGGCGCAUUCUUCUCCGGCACAGGGGUGAGUACAAGCAUGCAGGAGGCAGGCUACUACAGUGCCUAUGUAGGUGGCUUUGGCGACCUCACCGCAGGGCAAUCGCUGAUGAGUGGUGUGUCGAUGGGCCUUGCCAACCGGAUCAAAACAGGACGGGGUAUCUUCACUAGCACCACCUUACUACGCAAUGGCCUGUGGUGUAUCUCUCCGCAUAUUGCUCGGGCUUCGGGGCGUGCGGAUGUCAUUCGAGAUGGAGAUGUACCGGAUUACGAACGCAAACCCGAAUCCCAUGCACUGGACCGGUACUACAGGACAAAGGAUGCGAGAUCGAUCAUGCUAUCCAGCGCUGGUCGUGACUCGCAGUAUAGUGCGGACCUUAUCAACGCCUUCAAGGAAUUGGUGCAGGUGCUUCUGACAAAUGGGGCAAAUGCUGAGUCCGAAAACGUCGGAGAGGUGCUGCAACGGGUAGAAGAAGGGGGUGGUAUUUUGACACGUGUGAUUUUAAUUGAUUUGUUCGAGGCAGUAGAUUGUCAUGCAAUAACCGAGCUGUUUGUGCAACACGGCGUGGACUGUGAGAUUGCUGAACCUGUGCUUAAAAUCGCUGAACUUAAACCAGGCUCGCGCGCGGGUGUAGAGACGGUGUAUCAAUACUUUGAAGGGACACACAUGGAGGACUGCGGGGGUAUGUCCAAAGCGAUGAAGGUGCCCUAUACCUUCAGUUGCAGCGACAAGCACAGGAUUCAGAAUAGAGCUCCGCUUAAGGGUCAGCACACACAGACGUUGCUCGCACAUGGGUGGUCGGAUGUUCACGAGAAGGCUCGUCUACCCAUAUCAGAGCCUGGCAUAGUCCGAGAGAAGAAAGCCCAGGCAGUAGUAAAUACACGGGCACGAGACGCGCGCAGGGACUCGGGCUUUGUUUCUGGCGACGACAUACUGUACGACGAGGAAGCCGGUUUGCAUACAGACAACCCAGCAGUACCCACAAACUGGGGGCAGAGCGUCGACCAUAUGGACUUGCUACAUGACGGUGUUGUUGUUGAGCUGUGUACGGCUUCCAGACACGUGCAUGUGAGCGGGGCCACGUGUAUGAUGGCUGACUUUGGCGCCACUGUGGUCAAGGUAGAAUGCAGUGCCGCUGACUCGGAGACAGCUCAGCGCGGUGGGGCCAAUGGUCCCUGGCCAUUCUCACUGCGAGAUGAGGAUCCGUUGACAUUCGCCCAGGUGAACAGAGGCAAGAAGAGUGUAGCACUCGAUUUGGAGAGAGCGGCAGAUCAGCAACGGCUCGCAGGCUUGCUUGCGACUGCUAGUAUCUUCAUCACAGACUACAGCGCAACGGAUCUCGAACGUCUCAGCAUAUCCCCAACGCAGCUCAGACAGACAUCCCCUCAGCUUAUCGUCGUGCAUGUGACGCCGUAUCCAGAAGAAGAUCCACGAUCAACCAACUCCUACCUGUCCAGUGGUACAGCCCUGUAUGCUGCUUCUGGGCUGUCCAGUCUCUUCUCAGGGAGGACUGAGAAAGUACACCAUCAGCCUGCACCGUAUAUGCUCGAUCUGCUGGCGUCUCAGUUUGUGCUGAGUGCGACCAUGGCUGCCCUCUUCCACAGUGUUAGGACCGGUGAGGGCCAGAUCGUCGCAACCAAUCUGUGGCAUAUCGGAUGCUGGCUCGGUACGGUACCCAAUGUAUGGAUGGACUUUAAUCGAGAGUGGGCGGAUAUGGUGAUGUACGAUCCUGCGAGUGUUCGCUAUGACUGCCCUCUGGCAACGUUUCAGGCCUACAAGACUAAGGAUGGUAUGUGGGUGGAGCUAUUGGGGCUGGACACUAAGCGACAUCUACCCAUUGCCUUGCGUGCACUGGGGAUUAGACUGCCGGUGUUCGGGAGUGUUCUGUGGGCGGCCAUAGCGAAAGUACUGCCGAAUCGGAAAGAAAAGGUACUUCUCCAUCGGGUCAAGCCCAUCUUCGCAGCCAUCAACAAGAGCCUUGAGACCGCCAUUCUGACCUACGAAUGGCAUGAUCUGCACACCCUGUUCUUAAAGCACGACGUAUGGCACAACCCGGUGCGCAUCCCGGAGCAGUUGCUGACGUACAGCCAGGCACACGCCAUUGGCUCCUAUGUGCACAACAGAGAUGACUCAUCGCAGCUGUUCGUGGCCACCCCAUUGAAUAUGUCGAGCAAGGUGGAGCAUGCUACGUACAAGUGCCAGCACAUUGCACCCGUGCCUAAACUGGGGGAGCACACGGAUGUAUUCCUAACCCCGACAAGCGGAGUUUGA